GAAGGAAACCUAAUUUUAACAGCACUCACCCCCACCCCAAAAGAAGAGGACCAACAAAGCGGACUCCACGCCCCCAUAAAGUCAGCCUCCUAAAACGCCUUUACGAACCUUUUGGCGUCCGCCAUUCCUCUCUCUAUCUUCUUCCUCUCCUUCCAUGGACUGCCGUCAAUCCCUUCGCCACCAUCUUCCCCACUGAACACAAAACCCUAAUUUUCUCUUUAUAUCUUUCCUUACUCUGAUCUCCUCACUUUGUCUCUCUACUGCAACUCCAAAAAACCAGGGGUAGGGUUUUCCCCUAAUGGCAUACCGUAGAGCCCUGUCCUCUCUCAUCAGGGGUGCCAAAACCGUCAGAUCUCAACCGUCGAGCCUCAUCAAUAGAGGACCAGAGCUUUACAGGCCGAUAUCAUCUUCUUCGGGCCUUCUUCUCGACAAAGUUGCACAGUAUGCGACAUCGGCCGCUGCAACUUCGUCGCCUCCACCCCCUGUAGCAACUCCUCCCGGUAUUGGUAAAGAUGGACCUCUUGGUAAGAUCACUGAUGAGUUCACAGGGGCUGGAGCCAUUGGGAAGGUCUGUCAGGUGAUUGGAGCAGUGGUGGAUGUGAGGUUUGAUGAGGGGUUGCCUCCGAUCUUGACUGCAUUGGAGGUUUUGGAUAACUCCAUAAGGUUGGUUUUGGAGGUGGCUCAGCAUUUGGGGGAGAAAAUGGUGAGGACCAUUGCUAUGGAUGGGACUGAAGGGCUUGUCAGGGGCCAGAGGGUGCUCAACACUGGUUCUCCCAUCAAGGUACCAGUGGGUAGGGCUACACUUGGUCGCAUUAUCAAUGUCAUUGGGGAACCCAUUGACGAAAGGGGUGAAAUAAAGACCGAUCACUAUUUGCCUAUCCAUCGUGAAGCUCCUUCAUUUGUUGAACAAGCAACUGAGCAAGAGAUUCUUGUUACUGGUAUCAAGGUCGUCGACUUGUUGGCACCUUACCAGCGUGGUGGAAAGAUUGGGCUCUUCGGUGGUGCUGGUGUUGGCAAAACUGUGCUUAUUAUGGAGCUGAUUAACAAUGUCGCAAAGGCUCAUGGUGGUUUUUCUGUCUUUGCUGGUGUUGGGGAACGUACUCGGGAGGGUAACGAUCUGUACAGGGAAAUGAUUGAGAGUGGUGUCAUCAAGCUAGGUGAAAAACAGGCUGAGAGCAAGUGUGCUCUUGUGUACGGACAAAUGAAUGAGCCGCCUGGUGCUCGUGCUCGUGUGGGGCUGACCGGGCUCACUGUAGCCGAACAUUUCAGAGAUGCUGAAGGCCAAGAUGUGCUUCUCUUCAUUGACAACAUUUUCCGUUUCACCCAAGCAAACUCUGAAGUGUCUGCUCUGCUUGGGCGUAUCCCAUCUGCUGUGGGUUAUCAACCAACCUUAGCCACUGAUCUUGGAGGCUUGCAAGAGCGUAUCACAACAACAAAGAAGGGUUCGAUCACUUCUGUGCAGGCUAUUUACGUGCCUGCUGAUGAUUUGACUGAUCCUGCCCCUGCCACCACCUUUGCUCAUCUUGAUGCCACCACUGUGUUAUCUCGUCAGAUUUCAGAACUUGGUAUCUACCCUGCUGUGGAUCCCCUUGAUUCUACGUCGCGUAUGCUUUCCCCUCACAUUCUUGGGCAGGAUCACUACAACACUGCUCGUGGUGUCCAGAAGGUUCUUCAAAACUAUAAGAAUCUUCAGGAUAUUAUUGCCAUCCUGGGUAUGGACGAGCUAAGUGAAGAUGACAAGUUGACAGUGGCUCGUGCUAGGAAAAUCCAGAGGUUCCUGAGUCAGCCUUUCCAUGUUGCUGAGGUUUUCACGGGUGCUCCAGGAAAAUAUGUGGAAUUGAAGGAGAGCAUUGUCAGCUUCCAGGGUGUAUUGGAUGGAAAGUAUGAUGAUCUUCCCGAGCAGUCAUUCUACAUGGUUGGUGGGAUCGAAGAGGUCAUUGCCAAAGCCGAGAAGAUUGCCAAGGAGUCGGCCACCACCUGAUCACCCCUGCCCUCCCUCCUUCUGGGUUCACAUUUUCUUUGAUGCAUAAAAAAUCAAUAAUUUUAUCGGUGCUGCCUCAAAAGAUUUCAUUUUUGAAGGUCAUCAGCUAUUGGCUGCUGUGUUUGGUUAAUAGAGAAAGAGACGAGAUGAGCGCAUUGUUGUUGGCGCUCUCCAAAAUAAAAAGGGACGCUAAGAAGUACUUUUUACUCGGGUGCUUGUGCUGUUUUUUUGUAUGCGGCUCUCUGGAACAUGCCUUCUUAUUUUAUUCACAGCGAAAACUGUUUGGAAGGUUUUGGACUUGUAAAAAAAGGAAAGUUCUAAAUGUGCUUGGUUA